CUAUCUAUCUACCAUCUUCCAUCUUCCAUCUUCCAUCUUCACACCAAACUCAUCUCUACUUUUUCUCCUCUCUCUGUUUCUACUCUGUUUUUCUUCAAACCUCAACAAUGGCCUUUGAAUCAAACGAAACUAAUGAAUUCAUUUUCCGUUCAAAGCUUCCCGAUAUUCACAUUCCCAAUCACCUCCCACUCCACGAUUAUGUUUUCCAAAAUCUCUCCAAGUUCGCCUCACGCCCCUGUUUGAUCAAUGGCGCCACCGGGGAUGUUUACACCUACCAUGACGUUCAGCUAACAGCCCGUCGAGUCGCCGCUGGCUUACACAACCUCGGUAUUAAGAAGGGUGAUGUUGUCAUGAAUUUACUUCCCAAUUCCCCGGAGUUUGUCUUCACCUUCCUUGGUGCGUCUUACCGGGGCGCCAUCAUGACAGCAGCCAAUCCUUUUUACACGGCUGUGGAAAUUGCUAAACAGGCCAAAGCUGCCAAUGCGAAAUUGAUAGUGACAAUGGCUUGUUUUUACGAUCGGGUUAAGGAUUUGGCUGAAAACGGUGUUCAAGUUGUUUGUGUUGAUUUUGCUGUAGAGGGUUGUUUGCAUUUUUCUGUUUUGAGUGGGGCUGAUGAAUCUCUUGCGCCGUUGGUGGAUUUUUCCUCUAAUGACGUGGUGGCGUUGCCGUAUUCCUCCGGCACUACCGGUUUGCCGAAGGGAGUGAUGUUGACGCAUAAAGGGUUAAUCACAAGUGUCGCUCAACAAAUGGACGGCGAAAAUCCGAACCUCUAUUAUCAUGCCGAUGAUGUCAUCCUCUCUGUGUUGCCGUUUUUUCAUAUCUAUUCACUCAAUUCAAUUUUGUUGUGUGGUCUACGAGUUGGCGCUGCGAUUUUAAUAAUGCAGAAAUUUGACAUUGUUUCGCUCCUACAAUUGAUUGAGAAACACAGAAUUUCCAUAAUGCCAAUUGUGCCGCCGAUCUUUUUGGCCAUUGCUAAGUCACCGGAAUUUGAGAAAUACGACGUGUCGUCCGUGAGGGUUCUCAAAUCCGGUGGAGCUCCACUGGGGAAGGAAUUGGAAGAUGCCGUGAGGGAGAAAUUUCCGAUGGCGGUUCUAGGACAGGGGUAUGGAAUGACCGAGGCUGGUCCCGUUCUAUCCAUGAGUUUGGCUUUUGCAAAAGAACCAUUUCAAGUAAAAGCAGGAGCAUGUGGAACAGUGGUCCGCAAUGCAGAGAUGAAGAUUGUUGACACCGAAACCGGCGCCUCAUUGCCGGCGAAUUCCUCCGGAGAAAUUUGUAUUAGAGGUGAUCAAAUCAUGAAAGGAUAUUUGAAUGAUUUGGAGUCAACGAAGAGGACUGUUGACAAAGAAGGAUGGCUUCACACGGGUGACAUCGGCUUCGUGGACGACGAUGACGAGCUCUUCAUCGUCGACCGACUUAAAGAGCUUAUCAAAUUCAAGGCCUUUCAAGUGGCUCCUGCUGAACUAGAGGCUCUUCUUAUCACACAUCCUAAACUAUCUGAUGCUGCUGUUAUUGGUAUGCCGGAUGUAGAGGCGGGAGAAGUGCCGGUGGCGUUUGUGGUGAAGGCGAACGGCGGUGCAAUAACCGAGGAAGAAGUAAAGCAAUUCAUAACAAAACAAGUUGUUUUUUACAAAAGACUAAAACGUGUGUUUUUCGUUAAUGCUAUUCCAAAAGCUCCUUCCGGCAAAAUCCUUAGAAAAGAACUUAGAGCAAAAUUAGCUUCCGGUGCUUACAAUUAAAACCCUAAAUUGCUCCUCUAUUAUCACCCUUGUAAACUUAGCAUUUUUUUCACCUCAAAAAUUUAAUUUUGUAUUCCAUUACAUUUGAUAUGUAUUAUUCAGGAAUAUUAAAUUUAAUACCAACUACCAAGUGUUUAGUUAUUGACUAAAAUCAUUUGUAGAACUAAUAACAUUUUCGUAAAUAAAACAAUGUGACAUUUUGGUAAAUAAAACAAUGUGAUAUUAUUCUAAA